AUUAAGUUGAAAUAAAAAUUAGAACAGUAGGCAAUCGAACUUUGCAGAUUAUCGUACGAUUUGGCAUCAUCUUCAAAAACUAUCACUUUUCCUGUAGUUUCGGGUUCGAAAAAUAAUCAUUUCAGGUAAAAGACGACAAAAACAUGGCUUGGACGAGUGCCGGUGGUGUUGGACCAAUUGGUCAAUUAGCCGAAUUCUUUGGCUCAUCAGAGCCAGCGCUUAGAUUAUUAAUCACUAUAUUACUCGGGUAUCCCUUAGCAUUGCUGCAUCGAUAUUUGUUAUUUGGAAAAACUCCUGCUGUUCAACAUCUGUAUUUUAUAUUUUGUGGCCUUGCAUUAGGAUUUUUCAAUUAUGGGUUUGACAUCUUACAUUCUGUCAUUUGCGUAUUUACUACUUACAUUCUUUUGGUCGCAAUCGGAGGAACUAUGUUAUCAGUCAUUAUGUCAUUCUUAUUCCUUAUGGGUUAUCUAAUAUUUGGCUAUUAUAUUACGGGCACAGAUGAUUAUGACAUUAAAUGGAGCAUGCCGCAAUGUGUUUUAACACUGCGAUUAAUUGGUCUUGUUUUGGAUGUCUUCGAUGGGCAGAAACCACACGAUAAAUUAUCUAAUGAUCAAAAGAAAACUGCUCUAAAGAGUUGCCCAUCUAUUCUGGAAGUUGCUGGGCAUACAUAUUUUUUUGGAGGCUUUAUGGUUGGACCCCAGUUUCCCAUGAAGCGCUAUAUUGAUUUCAUUGAAGGAAAUUUUCCCGGAAAAGCCCUGGCCAAAAAGCCAUCUUGUAUGGGUGCUGCAGUAAAACGUCUUGGUUUAGGUAUUUUAGUGUUAAGUCUGUUUCAAGUAGGAAAUAUGUUUGUCCCAGAAAAAGUUUUGCUAUCUGAUGAAUUCAUGAAUUAUGCUUUAUGGAAAAAAUUGUUUAUCAUUGGGAUUUGGGGUAAAGUUACCCUUUACAAGUAUAUUUCAUGUUGGUUGAUAUCAGAGGGAAGCUGUAUAUUGACAGGAAUGACAUAUAAUGGAAUGGACAACAAUGGGAAUGAAUUGUGGGAUGGAUGUGCCAAUGUUAAGCUAUGGGACUUUUCUAAAACUACAACUUUUGAAGGAAUAAUUAAGGCUUUUAACAUCAACACCAACUUAUGGGUUGGACAAUAUGUGUUUAAACGGAUGAAGUUCCUUGGAAACCGCUAUCUAUCUCAAGCUGCCGCUCUAUCAUUUCUUGCAGUUUGGCACGGUUUACAUUCCGGAUAUUAUGUGUGUUUCUUCAAUGAGUUCAUUGUGAUGUAUUUUGAGAAAGAUGUGGAAUCACUACUGAUUAAGCGAUUGCCCAAACUGAAGGAGUUACUGACUCAAAGUGCCUUGAGGAUCCCAGUGAACAUUAUUCUGAAAAUAUAUGUUGACAUAUUUAUGGGAUAUUGCCUUGUUAGUUUUGUCCUCUUGUCCUGGGAUCGAUACAUGCAGGUGUAUGGGUCUGUUUACUUUAUUGGCCAUGCUAUUUAUUUGGGUUGGCCACUUCUAGCACCCAUUGUCAGAUUAUUCAUUCCAAAGACCAAAAAUGACAAAGACAAGUCACAGUAAUAAACCUUUAAAAUUCUAGAUUCUAGACAUAGAAUUGAAGGGAAAUGAAAGUUUAAGCCGACCAUUGUCUAAGCACUUCUCACUCAUGAAUUUUCACUUUUUGUUGUCAUUUAAUGUUUUCUUAUUGUUUUAUCAAUAGCUUAUUCUGUUCAUGACAUAUUUUGUUACUAAGGAAAGGCGUACCUGUGAUAUUAUGGGAUUAUUGAUGUUAGCGGUUAUAUUAUUUGAUAUUGAUUAAUAAGUAGGUGCCAUGUAUAUUUAGGACUGUAAAACUUCUAUUUUGAAUUCUGUUUAAAAGUUAUUGAUUGUACAUUAUGCACUGAUGCAUUUUCUGUUAGAUAGCUGUAAUACUUCCUGUUAUUUAUCUGUUAUAAAUAGCUUAAAGGUGUUUUAUUAAAUGCAUAAGAAUGUACCAUUGAAAAAAGCAAUAAUAUAUUUUUGUUAUUUUGAUUAGUGAUUUAAAUAUAUAAUGUAAUAAAAAUAAUUUUAUUUUUGUUUAACUUUCCUUAUUUAUUUUUGUAAAAGUCUUUUUAUUCUCCAAUUUCAGUUUAAUGAAAUAAAAUAUUAUUCCUAAUUAUAAGAUAAGUCAAGGAUUAGAGUCUUAUUAUUAUUGUUGUGUUAAACUUGAGUAAUUUUUCUGCUUUUUCUUUCGUAAUAUAAAUGGGAAUUAGAUUAUAAAAAGGAAACAAUAAAUGAAUUAAAUAAAUAUUCAAAUUUAUGCAAAUUAAAUUUUAAUAUAAAAAAUAUCAAUAAGAAUUAAUGGUGGUUUGAUUUUUGACAUAAAAUUCUUGAUGUUUUAGUUAGGGUUUAAAACUGCAGUUGUUGAAAAAAAGUUAGACGUCAAAAAUUAUUUAAAUGGGUGUGUUGAUGGGUGUAAGAUAAUAAAAUGUAAGAUAUUUAAAUGGGUGUAAAGAUAAUAAAACAUGUGGUUAAAGAAAGUUUUUUCAUCCUAGUUUUGGGGAGGAAAGUAUUCGAACAACAAAGUAAGAACAACUUAAACUUGCAAAACCGGUUU